CAAUCCACAGGAAAUAUGGCUACAGACGCAGCCAAACUACUGUGCAACAACGCUGUCUUUUACCGAAAAUGGUACGGCGAGUGAAAGUGGCCACAGUGGAACUGAAAAGACAUUGGACAGAAAUAUCAGUGGCUCCUGUACUUCUUCUACGCCGUCCGCCAACGUUGAGACACCAACGGCGGCGCAGACAGGUGGACCUGCGCCAGAAGCGGUUGUUGAAAAAACAACUGCGCCAACAGAAAUUGAUGGCCCGACUUCCUCCACAUCUUGCCCGUCGAGGUCCGCGUCUGUUUCCACGAUACAAGGCGGUAGUGGUCCGCCCGAUGAACUUUUAGGUUUGAAUUUGAGCAGCCCGAGGAGUUGCAAUCACCAGGACAUACACACUGCUCAAGCUGCCCCGCGACGUGGCAAUGUCGGCCCCAUUUCAGCAAGAAGAGACAAAAGUAUCGGCGCCGAAAGAACUACUACAUCACCGGCCCAAAAACCUCCGACACUAUUGGAAAUCCCGACUCCGCAAAGUAGAGGGAGCGAUGCCCCUUGUGUGCGGAGAAAAGAUUUGAAAUUUUUGGUUGACGAUAUCAUGAAACCCGGUCCGGUGAAGAAGAUACUAGAAGGCGGAAUUUCUUCGGACAAGAAAUCAUGUGCCUCUCAGGAAGGUGGCACAGCCUCGUCUUCGUCCCAGACCGCACUCCAGCUCAUGCGAGACUGUGAGCACUUGGUGUUGCCAUCCGACAAGGACCACCACGACUGUAGGACAAUGCUGAGCUCCGCUCCCCAAAAGCAAAAUGCGGCUCAAGUGCGGCCCGUGGAAACGGGCUCCACCACCCACCUCUUCGAGCCAGAGAAUGAGCCGCGAGCAUUUUCGUCACCGGAGCUGAUACGUGGUGGGGAAGAGAUGAGACGCGAGGAACGCGAGGAGCCUGAGAAGAUCGGGGAGGACCGGCAUCUUUCAGCACCCAAGACGGACACAGUUGCCAACGCUGCCGCACUGCUGAUAUCGCCUUCUGCUGGAAAAUUACCUGCAGCGCCGGGGCAAGGUGAGGAAAACAAGAACGGCUCUGCGAUUUCCUCGAAGUUGCCGCGCUGCCGGCGCCAGAAAGCCGCUCUAAACCGUCCGGUCCAGACCCAGCUGUCCCAGUUGCAUACGCAUUUUGAACAUGGUCUGUCUGAUCAUGAAAGCGCGGGACUCACCAGAUCGAGAAGGAACAAGAGCAACAAGACGUGCUGCCGUGGCUCCAAAUCUGCAAAUGACGGAUCAGCAGUUGUACCUGUAGAAGCAAAAAGCACCACUUCAAAAAGCAAGCGAACCUUUGCGCCGUUUGAAGACAAGGUUAGAUCUGGAUUUCUGUUGCGAAAACGCGUUUCCGAAACCGUUUGUGGGACCACCAGACCGCACCUAGCUGCGAGCGCGAAGUUUCUGCAGGGACUGGGGAUUGUUCAGAAAGGUCAGAAGAGCGGAUUGAAACCGCAGCAGAAUGGCAAUGCCAAUCCGACUUGUAGAAGCGAACGGCACCAUGAAGGUCGUGAACCAAAUCAGCCUGUCCGCGGCAACCGUUUCAUUUUCUAUGCGCUGGACGGGAACACAAGGCAGGUUUUUCCCAUCUCCCGCGACGUGUUUCAAAAUUUCCGGAAAUCCAAUUGUGACCGCUAUGAAGGGUUCAGGAAGUACCUUUUUCCACCGGUCGUGAACCCAGAGGAGGAGCCAGUCGACGAACAUAACCAGCAGAGACGAGUAGAAGCGGCUCCCGCACCAUAUAAUUCUUCACGAGAUGAACAAGGAUCAUUGUGCUUAGUUCCGUAUUCAAGAGGACACGUCAGCCACAAUACAGAAUCGGACAUCAGACGUCCACUCGAGCUACGUCGACAAACUGAUGGCACUGAUAGAAAUUAUUCCCAACAUCCGAGCAAUGGCAGACGGCUGCACUUCGACAAAAAAGAAAAGUGGCUGGAGAAGCUCGUGCCGGUGAGGUUUAGCAUUGCGACCUGCAAAGUUCCCGAAGAAAGUGGCACGGAAAGCACCAGUGAGGACGAGGAAAUAACCAUCAACGGGAGAAUAUCCAUAAAGAAAGAACAACGCUUGACACAAUAUGUGUUAGCUAGGAGGAAGACGCGUGGUGCCCAUGCUGUGCUACUGUGUGUUAUGCAUUAUCUUGGUCGUCUUGGACGCCAGCUAGUAUGAAAGCUGCAACAGCAGGUCGGGAUAGGUAUUUUCGAGAUGGAACAACGCACGGCAGACUUAUCAAUCCAUUUAGUAUCCCUGUAAAGAGAGUUGUUCUCCUCAAUAGCCCAAAUUUGAUGCCGGGCGAAACAACGACGGAACCAUGUCCCAGGUAGGGCUCUUGACUCUAGCGCCGGAAUUCGCAUUGGCCUUCUUGCGGGACACAGAAACAAUCAACAUGCCGGGGAGUACUAGAUGCACACCUCCUGCUUGCACUCGUCCGGCAAUAGAAGCGGUGCAAGCGCAUGCAAUCAAGGCACCGCGAGCGGCUUCUGCCACGGCUGCUCCUUCUCGGUCCACUGAGCCCAAAUACCCCACUGACGAUAAAUCCGGAAAGACAUCAUCACUAGAAGAUGAGCCUGUCGUCGUCGUGGCUGCGAGAACGUUCCAAUGAUAAUGCGCGGCUCGUCUGUCGUAGGAGAACCAGCUGGUCUUGCACAAUGAAAGUGUGGUCGAUUAGUAUCCCUUGACAUCUACUUAAGUACUUCUUUGCUAUUCCCGAAGACAAAUUUAUCUUGGUGUUGAAGCGCUCAGCACAACCACAAGGAGGCAU